UCUAGAAUUUAAAGAUGCUAAACAGACUAGGCACGAAAAAAAUUAUGAACCAAGCAAGAAGCUUCAGUUCAAUCAUUGGAAUCGAUUUGGGAACAACCAACUCUUGUGUAGCUGUCAUGGAAGGAUCCAACCCAAGAGUCAUUGAAAAUGCUGAGGGUAUGAGAACCACUCCUUCAUAUGUUGCUUUCACUGAUGAUGGACAAAGACUUGUAGGACUUCCAGCUAAGAGACAGGCUGUUACCAACCCAGAGAAUACCUUGUUUGCAACUAAGAGACUCAUUGGUAGAAGAUUUAAUGACGAUGCUACUCAAAAGGAUCUCAAGCACUUGCCAUACAAAGUGGUUAGAGCUAACAACGGAGACGCAUGGGUUGAAGCUAAAGGGGAGAAAUAUUCUCCAUCCCAAGUUGGAGCUUUUAUUCUCGGCAAAAUGAGAGAGACUGCUGAAGCUUAUCUCGGAGAGCAAACUAAACAAGCAGUAGUCACAGUACCAGCCUAUUUCAAUGAUUCACAGAGACAGGCUACUAAGGAUGCUGGAAAAAUCGCAAAUUUGGACGUAAAGAGAAUCAUCAAUGAGCCAACAGCAGCUGCUCUUGCUUUCGGACUGGACAAGACAGAUGGUAAAGUUAUUGCCGUGUAUGAUCUCGGAGGUGGUACUUUUGAUAUUUCUCUUCUCGAAAUUUCAGGAGGAGUGUUUGAGGUUAAGGCAACCAACGGAGAUACCUCUCUCGGAGGAGAAGAUUUCGAUCUCAUGCUUCAAGAGUUCUUAGUUGCUGAGUUCAAAAGCCAGACUGGUGUGAACAUAGCAGGCGACAAGCUGGCCAUCCAGAGGAUCAAGGAAGCAGCAGAGAAGGCUAAAAUCGAGUUGUCAUCUACAUCUCAGACUGAGGUUAACUUGCCAUACUUGUCAGCUGAUGCUUCUGGACCAAAGCAUUUGCAAGUAUCCAUUACUAGAGCUAAAUUGGAGUCAUUGGCUGAAUCAUUGAUCUCAAGAACUCUCAAGCCAUUAGAGAAUGCCAUUAAAGAUUCUGGUCUUUCUAAGGGAGAAGUUGAUGAAAUCUUGUUGGUUGGAGGUAUGACUCGUAUGCCAAAGGUUGUCGAAACUGUCAAGAAGUUCUUCGAUGGUAAGAGCCCAUCUAAGGGUGUAAAUCCAGAUGAAGCUGUUGCCAUUGGAGCUGCCAUUCAAGGUGCAGUCCUUACUGGAGAUGUCAAAGAUGUUUUAUUGUUGGAUGUUACUCCACUCUCUUUGGGUAUUGAGACUCUUGGAGGAGUUUUCACUAAAUUGAUUCCAAGAAACACCACUAUCCCAACAAAGAAGUCCCAGGUAUUCUCCACUGCAGCUGAUAACCAGACUAAGGUAGGAAUUAAAGUAUUCCAGGGAGAGAGAGAAAUGGCUGUAGACAAUAAAUUAUUGGGUGAAUUCGAGCUUGGAGGAAUUCCAAUGGCUCCAAGAGGACAUCCUCAGAUUGAAGUAUCCUUUGAUAUUGAUGCCUCUGGUAUCGUCAACGUUUCUGCCAAGGAUAAAUCUACUGGAAAGGAAUCUAAUGUCACUAUUAGAAGCUCAGGUGGACUUUCCGAUUCUGAUAUUGAUAGAAUGGUUCAAGAAGCUGAAGAAGCAAGAGAGAAAGAUGCUGCUAAGAAAGAGAUGAUUGAAACUAAGAAUGAAGCUGACUCCAUGAUCUAUCAGACCGAGAAGCAGCUUUCUGAGCAUGCUGAUAAGAUCCCAGAUAAUGUUAAAGAGCAAGUCAAUAAUGACAUCUCUGCAUUGAACGAAGCCAUCACUACUGAAAAUGUAGAUAGCAUUAAGGAAGCUCUCGAAAGACUAAAGAACUCUUCUAUGGAGAUUGGUAAAUCAAUUUACUCUCAGUCCUCUUCUGAAGGAGACCAACAAGCUGAACCAGAAGUUGAACCAGAAGCUGAACAAAAGGAACAAAAGGAAGAAAAGAAAGAUUAA